AUGGACUCCUUUGCUACUCAAGAGGAGUGCGAACUCAUCUCUCCUGACUUGAUGGAUUUGUACUUGGCCAACUUGGAACACCUGCAGCUCUCAAACCCUCCCCAGCCAUCUGAGAUCAACAUCACGAGCCAUCACGUUGACCCAUCUGAUCAGUUUUAUCUCAGCUUCGACAUGAGUCAGCCUUUAGCAAAUGUUCCAUUUCAUCCACCACAUGGGUCAAAUAUGCAGCAUUCCGGCGAUCAGAAUACGGGCCGUUGCCUUGACCCGAUACGGUGUGGGUCAGACCAAGAAUUCGAUAUCACCCCUUAUCUCGAUUUCAGCUUUGGUACGGGAGCCGUGCCGCAUCUCAGUGCCCACUCGCCAGGUCUUAGCUUCGGCGCCGAUUUGACCGAUGAUCGCCACCCACCACUUCAACAUCAGACCACUUGUCAGCCACCAGCCACUUAUGACUGGGUCGAGCUAAAUUUGGACGGCACACAGCCUACAUCGAGUGUCACAACCGAGGACGUCAGAUUGCAAGAUUCACCGCCUACUAUAUGUCAGCUUCUAAACCAUGUUCGGAACCUGGAUGACUCAAACCUAUUGGACUUGAAAGCAUUGAUCGACCAACGGGUGUCGGGCAACAACAAGACUGAGCCUCACAACGUGCUCCAAGAUCAAAACGUGCUUUCAAACCUUGAGGACUCAAGGGCGGACCCGUUGAGCUCGCAGUCCCCAAGCCAAUCAGAUGAUGGGCCGACCCACAACCCGCAAUCCAAUCGUCUCCCGGGUACCCGGGUUCAAUAUGAAAUGAUGCGCUACCCAUGCGGCUUUCCCGCCUGCAAAAAGACAUUCAAGCGCAAGGAGCACGCCAAGCGGCAUUAUAAGACAUGUCAUGGUGGAGAGACAAAGCUCUACACCUGUGAAUUUUGCGGCAAGAAUACCUUUGCCCGUAGGGAUAAUUUAAAUGCCCAUCGAAAACUACACAGUCGAAAGAGAAGGAUGAUUAGUAAUGGCGUCCACUAUAUCCCUGCUGCAGCAGAUAUGUUUAACAUACUGGAUAUGGAGGGCUUUGACAAAGCUCCGGCUUCUUAUGAUGGAUUCCCUUCGUCAUUCGAGACGAUCUCCCAGUUUCAAGAGCUGAACGAAUACCAAUGCAAGUCUAUGCCACGUGACGCUACUACUGUGGAUAAUGAAAGGUCUAGUGACAGUAGUGUCACUGCCAAGUCUCAAGAGGCAGAAGAGCAACCAAUCCGGCGGAGCCAAUCCGGCAAAGUGAAAGAAGAGAGGAGUGUCGCAAGGAAAACCGUCAACGAAGAACUGGCUUCUCCUUGCAGAUCCGCAGAGCAGGCCAAGCCUAUCCCAAAGUCACAGAAAGAGCUUGCAUGUAUGGAAUCAAGAGCCAGCUCAUCAAGUCCCAAGGCGCCUAUCUCUGAGAUCUCGCGACGCACGGGCAAUUUCGAUACGGCCCUUGAUGCUAGAGAACAUAUUCUGCUGAGAGCCGGCAUUGGAUUAGGCAUGAUGGCCAAGGACUCUCCAGAUGAUUCGGCACGGGAAAAGUCCAAACACUCAAGUGGGAUCCAGCAAAACGCCGACAAAGCCCUUGGUGGCAGGGUCAGUCCAGAGCCAGAAUUGCCAAUGCCUUUCGAUACGACCUGGAAAAUUUCGUCAUCUAAGACGAUGGAAUUGCUCGACUUGAGCCACACAGUCAAGGGCACUUACUUGACGAAUAGCGAAAAGGGUCUCUGGGAAAGACAGCUACCAGAUCCGAGACAUCCUAAAGGUGUCUCAGGGUCACUGCCAAGUCUAGACCUGCGCCCACCAAUGGGUCCAGUCCAUCUUUCCCAAGUUGCCGAAUUCAGGCAUGAUGAACGUCUCCGCAAGUGA